AUGGCAGCAACUCCUGGGCGUCCGAUUCCGGGUGCAUUUUUCGCAACCCCCGCUAAAGCAUCCAAACUUGACGCCGGACGCUCAUUCUUCGACGCGAUACCUACAUCGGACAUCAACGGCUCCAUUGCGCACAACCAACCGCCUGACCAAGAUCCAAUAGACCCCGUCACAGCUCUCCCUGCUCUUCCAUCGCUCUCUCCUAUUCUGAAGGCUGCUGGGUCGGUGAACAAGGUUCUACAGCUCGACGAGAGCUACCCAGACCUUGAUUCGUACUGUCGACAGUAUGACAUUCACGGCGCCGAAUCGCCGCGGGCACCCUUCCACAAAGUGCAGACAUUUCCUAUCCCCGAACAGAUCUUCGAACGAUACAACGUUUCCCAGCUUGUCACAAUCAUGGGACUCUUCCCAGAAUUAAACCAUGCUUAUGCCUGCAUAGAUAGCAGUCUUUUCUUGUGGGACUUUACGCUGCCCAAUCCCGAGCUGAUAGGCUUCGAGGACCAGCCACACGCCAUUACAGCAGUCGGUCUUGUGCGUCCUAAACCAGGCGUUUUUGUCAAUGACAUCAGUCACAUACUGGUAGUCGCCACAGAGGUUGAUAUCAUUCUGCUUGGUGUUGAGGCUACCAAUACACCUGCCGGCUCAAAGGCAGUCUCAUUAUAUCAGACAAAGAUGUCCAUUCACCGUGGCGGUGCCAAUGUGGCUUUCAUUGUGGGCACUUCGUCUGGUCGCAUCUUCCUUGGUGGUCGAAACGAUACCGACGUGCACGAAAUCUACUACCAACAGGAAGAAAAAUGGUUCUCUAACCGCGUGGGAAGGUGCAACCACAGCCAUCCGGGCUGGUCGUCGGUUGUCCCGGUCUUACCUGUCAACCUUGACUUUUGGUCACAAAGAAACUCGGAGUCUCUGGUACAAAUGGUCGUUGAUGACUCGCGAAAUUUGUUGUACACGCUCUCAAAUAAAUCCACCAUACGCACAUAUCACAUUGAGGGUCCGGACAAGCUCACGAAGGUUAUCGAGAAAGAAAAGAAUCACUGUCUCCGAGACAUCACACAUAUGAUCAACUCGUCCCCGCUUUUGACAGACCGCGUUUCCAUCAUCGGCAUCAGUCCCAUUUCUGCACAAGAAGCUUCGAAGCUUCACUUGAUGGCGCUGACAAGCACCGGUUGCCGCCUUUUUCUCAGUGCGACAAGCUCGGCAUCUUACAUCAUGAAUUCAUCGAACACAGCACCUCAAUCCAUGCAAGUUCAGUUUGUCAAGUUUCCUCCUAGGGAUCAGUCAGCUGCGGUUGGCGCAAUGUCGCGUCUCGGUGGAUCUACAGAUGCUGUGGUGGACCUUCAAUCUCGUGCCCUAGACCCUACAAUAAAGGGUUGUCGGUUUGCACCAGGUUUUUUCUUUGACUUCGUCGGGGGGCAGGAGGUACGGCUAUUCGUCUCGGCACCCGAAACUGGAAAGAUACAGAUGACUACCCCCGCCUCCGCAUUGAAAUAUUACGAGCACGGUAAUUGGAUUUCGCUAGGAAGAGCGCAAGACGCUUUGGAUGUUGGCCUUGUGACAAAGCCCUUUGCGGCAGCAAAGCAACCCUUGGGUUUUGGCAAUGAGUUGGCUGUGCAGUUCGACUCUCCACCGAGCGAAUUUGCUAUCAUGACGAACGAUGGAAUUCAUAUCAUCCGAAGACGACGUCUUGUCGACAUAUUCGCUACUGUUAUUCGAGCUUUUGGCAGUGACGACAUGUUCGACAAAGAAAUUCGAAAGUUCAUCCAGUUAUACGGGCGCGUCGAAACUAUUUCUACUACCCUUGCAGUCGCAUGCGGUCAGGGAAGCGAUCUUCGAGCAGGUACAAGCCGCGCCGUUGACCAGGCUACAGAGGAUCGAGCCAAGGCAGCCUUUGUUAACUACGGUGGCCAGCCAACCGUCUCCGAGACGGACAGCAGUACUAUCACUAUGGACUCAGUCAGGCUCUCCUCUCGCCAUGAUGCCCUUGUGCUAUACCUCACACGAUUGAUUCGAACUUUGUGGGGCGCCAGAGUUAUCACCAGAGACUUUUCCCCUACCGGUGUAGUUGUCAAAUCCACGGUACCGACCGGCGAGCUCACAAUUGUCCAAGAGAACCUUGAACGGCUGCGCACUUUUCUGAAGGUUAAUGCGGGCUCUAUACAGGGAUUGUCAGGACCUGCAGACCUGCGCCGCACCACGAGACAUGAAGAAAUCGCCCUGCAGGCCGAGCAUCAGGCGUUACAUGCUUUGCAGAAGCUAAUGGAGAGCAUUUCUGAGGGUAUUUCGUUCGUUCUAAUGCUCUUCGACGAGCGUGUAUCCGACAUUUAUGUUAGAAUGGACGACUCCACCCGCCAGGAACUACGCUCAUUAACGUACGAAAGUCUCUUCUCCAAGCCGGAGGGAAAGCAACUGGCCAAGUUGCUUGUGAAGGUCAUUGUCAAUCGAAAUAUUGAGAGCGGCUCCAACGUUGAAACAGUAGCUGACGCUCUGCGUCGCCGCUGUGGUAGCUUCUGCAGUCCUGACGACGUUGUGGUCUUCAAAGCCCAGGAGCAGUUGCAAAGAGCUCUAGAGCAGGCCAACUCACCCAGCGUCGCACGCAAUCUCCUGAAUGAGAGUCUCCACCUGUUUGAACGCGUCGCUGGGAGUUUGUCAUUUCCGAAUUUGCAUGCCGCCGUCAAGCAAUACGUGCAGCUGAAGUACUACGCAGGUGCAAUCCAGUUAUGUCUUGUUGUGGCAAGGGAGUCAGACCGAGGCAACACAGCCUCGGCAUGGAUUAGUGACGGAAAGUCAGAAAGCGAUCCAAGAAAGUGUAAAUGGGAGAGCCGAAAGGGUUGCUAUGACCUCAUCCAUACUGUGCUUGGCCAGCUUGAUAUUGACUCAACUGCGGAACCCGAGCUCAUCGAUGGUCGGCUCACACUCGCCGCAACCAAACGAAUGGAAGCGUACAGUGUUGUCAAUGACUCCGACGAUGAAGUCUUUCAUUUCGACUUGUACGAGUGGUAUAUUGAGCAAGGUCUAACAGAUCGUCUUCUUGCAAUUGAUUCGCCACACAUUGUCACGUUCCUCGAGCGCCUUGCCUCAGUCGACGCCAGCCACGCAGAUCUCUUGUGUCGUUUUUAUACGCAUCGCAGCAGAUUUUUCGAUGCCGCCAAUGUUCAAUACAACCUUGCUGCAUCCAACUUUGACGUCAGCAUCAAGGACCGCAUCACGCUUCUCAGUCGAGCUAAAGCCAACGCCAGUGUAUCCACAGCAGGCGUCAGUGGACAAAGUCAACAACAGCUCAACCAUGAAGUGACAGAACUGCUCGAUAUCGCUCAUGUCCAAGACGACCUGCUUGAGAGAUUGCUCUCAGAUAGCCGUAUACCUGCUGCUCGGAAAACUGAAAUUGAAAAGGAUCUUGAUGGGCCGGUGCUUGGCUUAUCAGAGCUGUUCAACGGAUAUGCCGAUCAGGCAGGCUACUACGAUCUCUGCCUCUUGAUAUUCAAUGCUGCGGAUUACCAUAAUCCUCGUGUCAUCGCGGACACCUGGAAGCAGCUCAUUAAUAGCACACAUGAAGACGUCGAAGAGCGGCUUGCUGCGUACGAAGAGUUUUGUCGUGGGCAUAGAUUGCGGGUAUCUCAUGCCAUGAUUGUUCGGGUUUUGGAGCGAAUCCUAGAUACGCAGGAGGUGCCAUUCACUGGACGCCGGAGAAAGGCGGUCGUGGAAUGGAUAAAUACAGUCGUGGGCAUCUGGUGCCACGAGCUCGAAGUUAGCGGUCUUGGGAGUGCAAAGGGGGAUGCAAGCAUAGCGCGUUGGGUUGUCGACCUGAUGGGUCGUGCUGAGCGCACAGUCCUCGACAUUUUGACCUCCGUGCGUGACGUCAGGCUGAAACAAGAACUAGAGGAUGUUCUAAACGAGACCAGGAUGCUUAGAGGCCAAGUGGACAGCAAUGUCCGUCCGGGGCCCCAAGCCACCAUGAGAUUCAAGUAA